UUGGCUUUCGUUCCGCGCGCGACUUAGUAGCGUUUAAUAAAGAUGCCGCGUGCACGAAAAAGACUGAAUGAUUGCGAAGGUCCGGAUGAGUUACCUGCGAGUGACUCUGAAGAGGAAUAUGAGGUUUGUUCGGAGGCAGAGAGCGUGGAUUCAGCUGAGGAGGAAGCCUUCCAACAAGGACUGGACCUGGCUGUGGACAUGGAAGAGGAAAACACUGCUUUGCUUGCAACACCACCUAAACCAACCAGGUGGCGCAAUACCGAUGAAGAUGACGUGCUACCUGUACAACAUCCCUUUGCUCCUGUCCGCACUCCUGGCGUACAGCUUGAUGGCCACCAGCAGCACACGCCUCUCGAGCUGUUCCAGUUAUUUUUCGAUAAGGCCGCAAUCAGGGAUCUCUGCAACAACACAAACCUGUACACAGAGGCCAAGAAGAAGAAGGGCAUGAAGAUGCAGUGGAGUCCCGUAACACCCCUGGAGAUGCACAAAUUCCUGGGCCUCAUCAUUUACAAUGGCCUCAUAAAGGCAACGAGAGUUCAAGACGUGUGGAGAAACGACAGGCUCCAUAGUUUUCCGUUUCCAGCCUCGGUCAUGCCAGGCCACAGAUUUUGGGCAAUAUUCUGUAACCUGCACAUGAGCAACACCAAAGAGGACGAGGAGAACGACCGGCUAAAAGGCACGGCCGGCUACGAUCGGCUCUGUCGUGUGAAGCCCCUCAUGGGGCAGCUCUUAUUGGCAUGUAAGGCAUACUACCAGCCUCACCAGAACCUGGCCAUCGAUGAAAGAAUGGUAGCCACCAAGGCUCGAAUGGGCCUGAAACAAUAUAUGAAGCAAAAAGCCCCAGUGUGCGGUUCCAAAUUGUUUGUCCUGGCCGAUUCGAGGAAUGGCUACACCUCGAAUUUCAGCAUCUACCAGGGAAGAGGUCAGUCCCGUUCUGGAAAGGGCCUGAGCUAUGACACCGUUAUGGACCUGCUGACGUCCUCGUCCCUCGGCACGGGGUACCACGUCUACAUGGACAAUUUUUACACAAGUCCCGCUCUGUUUUGGGACCUUCACAAGAACCGCUACGGGGCUUGUGGUACCAUCUGGGAAAACAGAAUCGGCUUCUCGAAGACGACAAACGCUCUUCCUAAAAGAGCCGCCAGGGGUGACAUCAGAUGGAUCAGAACGGGCCCGCUCCUGUAUGUUAAGUGGAUUGACGUGCAGGAGGUCACCGUCUGCUCGACGAUCCACAAGGCGUACAGCGGAGAAACGAUCCAGCGUCGGCUCAAGAACCCAGACGGCACUUGGUCUGUCCAAGCCAUUCCCGUUCCUGACGCGGUGAAGGAGUACAACGAGUACAUGGGUGGAGUCGACCUGUCCGACGCACUCAUAGAACACUUCACGGUCUCGAAGAAGACAAUGGAGUGGUACCGAAAACUCUUCCUUCAUUUCGUCGACAUCGCCGUGGUAAACAGUUAUAUUAUUCACAAAGAGCUGAUGCAGGAUAAACAGCAGAAAACACUCACGCAGAAUAAAUUCAGAGAAAUCCUGUGCCAGCAGCUUGUGGAUUUUGGGAGCAACGAGGCCACCACUCCAAAAAAACUGGCGCCCGAGCUAGUGGAAGUGUUGCAGGAUCUAGAGAGGAAGCCGUGCUACCCAGUAACCAUCGUUGACACCUCAGCUUCCGCCAAGAGAGACCGAGCGUCAGCUGGGAGGAGACACUGCCUGCUCUGCCUUCAAAGGAAGAAGUACAGCAAGACUAUUUAUAAGUGCGGGUACUGUGACGUGGCUCUGUGCAUCAUGGCCGACCGCCUUUGUUUCACCGAAUGGCACGAACUCAUGGACUCGUGACGCGUUUUUGAAAUCUCGUGCCAUUUGGAGAUGUUCUUUUUGUUUGCUACGUCUAGAAGUUAGCUGUUAUGAGAAACAUUCGUUCGUUCUUAAAGUCUCAAGUGUCUACUUUCCUGUGAGCCGUUAACCGCUGCUGUAGUGUUACAUCACAAAUAAAUCCAACGUGGAACAAAUGCAACCGGCAGAAAUGACAUUUUUGUCGUUUCGUUCAGGUUUCUGCUAGAGAUACGGUCACAGCCCUGCGCCCGACGGAGCUUGGAUGCAUUGUGCGAAGGGUUAUUAAAAAAAAAUAAAAUAAAAAACGCUCACUAUUAGCAUAUAAAUCCAGUUAUUCGACUCUAAUCACAAGUACUGUGGAUAUAUUCCUUGUUAUUCUGUCCAUGAGCAUGGUUUGUUUACAUGCUUGUAGCCAAGUUUGGGGUCACAGGUCACGACCUAAAAGUUCACUAGUGUUGGUGUGCGAGAGGAUGGAGUUUGCUGAGGGUUCCAAGUGCAUUGCAUUGCAUUUGCGUCUCCAGUAAGUCAGGAACCUUGAAACUCCAAAAUACCCGUCAUUUAUGGAAGGAGUCUCCAGUACCGGCGCUUCCUGACAAGCCACUUGUUUGCACUUCCUCGGUAACAUGACAACCAAAGAAGCAAAACCAAACCUGACAUAUCCGUUACAUUUACUCAGACGUUCAUGACACACAAACUGUACGAGCCAAAAGAAAACCAGCGUUUUUUUUUUUUUAACGAUGUUUUAUUCCUAAUAUUUUUAGAUAUAGAUACACAAGUCAAACACAAAUCUGUGUACCUACCUACCUCCCUCCCCCUUCCCUCCCCAGGAUCAUGAAUGUA